AUGCCUAUUGACUACAGCAAAUGGGACGCGCUGGAACUCAGCGACGACUCGGACGUCGAAGUGCACCCCAAUGUCGAUAAACGCUCCUUCAUCCGCGCGAAGCAGGAGCAGAUCCACAUGGAGCGCGCCCAGCGCCGCCACCAGAUCACCACCUUGAAGUACGAGCGUAUCAUCAACGAUGGACUCAUGGAGCGUAUCGACACCCUCCUCACUGCCCUGAAGUCUCACAGAGACACGGCCUCUCCCGAGAACGCCGACCAGCUUGUCUUCCAGUCCAUGAUGGAGUCUGCCGUCGAGCCGUCGCAAGACCAGCCCCCGCCGCCUCCCGAGGGUGUGCACACACAGAUCCAGCACAAGCCGACGUGGUCACAAAUGUUGGCCGCCCUGAUUGACGAGGUCAAGAAGGAGGUAGACGAGAAGAAGCCCGAGAGCCGCUUCGAGGGCUUCAUCACUCAGACGCAAGCGCACCGGGAUCGGGUGGCUGACCUGCAGAAGCAGCUCCUGGCCAAGCUUGCCGAGCUGGAGAAGGAGGACAAGAGGCACAUUACCAGUGAUGACAUGCACACGGGCUUCGACUACUCGAACGUAAAGAAGGGUGAGGAUGCCUCGUCCGCGUCCAAGCCUGCGCAACAGGGUGAAUCGGUCGAGCUCCUCAACCCUGGCCGGCCAGACGUGACCCGCGCCGACACUGGCCAAUCUUCUGGUGCUGAUGCGGAUGUGGAGGAUGAUGACCCCGAUAAUGUCCAGGCCAGCCCUGAUGCGAAGGAAUUCGCUAGGAUCAAGAUGGACGAUUACCGGGCCAGCCUGCAAUUCAUUUCGGCACACCCCAACAUCCUCAAGGAAAGGGACACGGAUGGCUUGCUGGUCGAGGCCUUCGACGCGGAGAUGGCGGGCAAGCAUGCGUAUGCGCACCAGUGCGUACAUGCAGCGCUGCUCAUCCAGUACUGCCGCCAGCUCGGAAAGGACGGCGUGCAGCUUUUCUUCAAACGCAUCACCACCAAAGACCACCAAGCGCGGAAGCUCUUCCGGGAUGACGUCGAUAACACCUACAGGCGCAUCAACACGCGCGCGGCGGAGAUUGUCGAGGAGCGCAAGAACAACCCCGAGGCCGAAGGGGUCGAGCAGAUCCAGUUGCACGCGGUUGAUCCCAACACGACGAUCAACAUCCGCACGCCUUUGCCCCUGGAUGAGUCGAAUCCGGAGUCGAUGAGCGAUGACAACAAGAUAGCGCGAACGAUUUUCGAGAGCUUCCCGCCGGGUCUGCAGAGGGCUUUGGAGAGCGGCAAGCUUGAUGAGGUGAACAAGGUGUUGGCCAAGAUGAGCGUGGACGAGGCAGAGCAGGUGGUGGAGCAGCUGGGCAACGGCGGCAUGCUCAGCUUGGAAGAGGGUGUGAUUGAUGCAACGACGGAGGAGGGCCAGGCCAAGGUCAAGGAGAUCGAGAAGACGGGGCGUAUGCCUGGCGAGGAGGUGGACGAAUCGCAGCUGGCGGCAGACCCGGAGUAG